AUGGCUCGCAUUCAUCCAGCAGGAGGUGGAGCAGGAGUACGCGAAGAGUCCGGCUGUUUGCCAUGUGGAAACUGCCUGGUGGUGGUGCCGCAGGACAGAUUCUUUGCCUUGGAGACCUUUGGCAAGUUUAGCCAAAUACUCGAGCCAGGUCUCCGCUGGGCUGGCUUCGACGUUGGCGGGGCCUGUGUGGGAUUCCGAUCGAUUAGCAGCCGGGUGGUGCAGAGCCACGUGCGUGUCCCCACCAAGACAGCGGACAAUGUGUUCGUCGACGUGGACGUUGCUGUGCAACAUACUGUCUCAGCCGCUACUGCUGAAGAUGCGUUGUACAAGCUGGAUAACAUUAGCGAGCAGCUGGAGUCGUAUGUGGCAGGGGACGUGCGAUCCUUCGUGCCCACCUUGACGCUGGAUGAGUGCUUUGAAAAGAAAGACGAGAUCUCGAGUACCAUCGAGAGCACGCUGAGAGAUGCAAUGAUCCAAUAUGGCCACGAGAUUCGCAAGGCGUUGGUGGUCAAUGUGGAGCAGAACAGCAGCGGAAGCAGUCCAAUGAAAGAGAUUAACAAACAGAAGCGGCUUCGCGCAUCGGGGCUGCACUUUUGCAAGCGGCUGCAAUGGUCCUCUCUGUGUGUUCUGUCCGCCGCAAGCACAGCGCGGGGGCGGUGA